AUGACAUCACACCAAAAUGGCACCAUCUCCUCUGAGGUUUCAGACUUCCUCCUGAAUUGUUUUGUCAGGUCCCACACCUGGCAGCUCUGGUUGUCCCUGCCACUCAGUCUCCUCCUUUUCCUGGCCAUGGUGGCCAAUAUUGUUCUCCUGAUCACCAUAUGGCUGGAAGCCUCUCUGCAUGAGCCCAUGUACUAUCUACUCAGCAUCCUCUCCCUGCUGGACAUCAUACUCAGUCUCACUGUCAUUCCCAAGGUCCUAGCUAUCAUCUGGUUUGACCUCAAGUCCAUCAGUUUCUAUGCCUGCUUCCUCCAGAUGUUCAUCAUGAAUGGCUUCUUUGCCAUGGAGUCCUGUACAUUCAUGGUCAUGGCCUAUGACCGUUAUGUGGCUAUCUGUCACCCACUGAGGUACCCAUCCAUCAUCACUGACCAAUUUGUAGUCAAGGCUGCUGUCUUUAUUUUGGCCAGGAGUAGUAUUGUUACAAUGCCUAUCCCCAUUCUCUCAUCCCGACUCCAUUAUUGUGGGAGAAAGGUCAUUGAGAACUGCAUCUGCACCAAUAUGUCUGUCUCCAGGCUCUCCUGUGAUGAUGUCACCAUCAAUCGCCUUUACCAGUUUGCUAUAGGAUGGACUGUGCUAGGAUCUGACCUCAUCCUCAUCUUUCUCUCCUACACCCUCAUACUGCGAGCGGUGCUGAGACUCAAGGCAGAGGGUGCUGUGGCCAAGGCCCUGAGCACAUGUGGCUCCCACUUCAUCCUUAUCCUCUUCUUCAGCACCAUCCUGCUGGUCUUCGUGCUCACUCUUGUGGUGAAGAAGAAAGUCUCCCCUGAUGUGCCAGUCUUGCUCAACAUCCUCCACCAUGUUAUCUUCUCAGCCCUCAACCCCAUUGUGUAUGGGGUGCGAACCCAGGAGAUCAAGCAAGGAAUCCAGAGAUUAUUAAAGAAAGGGUGCUAAUAAGGACAACAGGAUCUCUGCAUUCCUGAGUUUUGAAUCAAUAAUGGGUGAGGGGGU